AUGACGCAUAUUUUACAAAUAUUUUUUGUCAUAAUAACACUUAGGCUCGGUCUAGUGUUCGGUGAUCAGAGUCACUAUUCUAUCAUUGCCCCCGGCACACUUAAAUCAAAUCGUAAAUAUAGUGUUGUUGUAACGCUACACAAUGCCACCGAACCGGCUACAAUACGUUGUGGUAUCAUUGGACCAUCAUACAAUCAAACUGAAAAUAUUGUUCUACAACCAUUCGAAUCGCAACAAAUCGAUUUUAUGCCAACAAAACUGAUACGAGGUACCCACAUGUUUUACGCCGAAGGUUUGAAUGGGUUGUCAUUUAAAAAUGAAACUUUGUUGUAUGUGGAGGAGAAUGCCGGUCCAAAAAUAUACAUACAAACUGAUAAAGCCAUCUAUAAGCCAUUAGAUUUGGUGCAAUUUCGUGUUGUUGUCCUUGAUGAACAUACAAGACCGUUGAACGUCACUGAACCGAUUCGUGUGGAGAUAAUGGAUGCCAACGAAAAUCGCGUUAAGCAAUUCAAAGAUAUUUCCCUCAUUCAUGGUGUCUUUACAAAUAAAUUCAAUUUAUCGGAAUAUCCUGCACUCGGUAUAUGGAAAAUUGCGGUAUUCAUUAGUGGCAAAUAUGGACAUUCUCAUUCGAAGACGUUUAAGGUGAAAAAAUAUAUCCUUCCGAAAUUCUAUGUAACAAUUGAAAAUGAACCGUCUGUUACUCCGGCUAAUCCAAUUGUCCAUUUAAAAUUCUAUGGAAAAUAUAAUUUUGGAAAAUUUGUUGAGGGUAUUGCUACAGUAAGAGCAACAGAUACUUUGGGAAAUCUCAUAACGCCAGAACAAAAAGUAAAUGUGAAUGGCAUAGAAACACUGGAUAUAGAAAUUAAAAACUUCGAAAAAUAUAUGAUAUAUAAGAGUAUAACACUUUAUGUUCAAAUUACCGAAAAACACAGCGGACGUUCAGAAUCAACAUUUAGUUUUGUCAAUGUCCAACAACAAGAAUAUAAUGUAAUUGUAGAAUCAUCAGAUAUUGAUUUUAAAGAUGGUAAACCAUAUCGUCUGAAAAUUAAAGUGCAACAAUGGAAUGGUACUGCUGUUAGAGAUCCCAGUGAACCGGUCUAUAUGAUACAUGGUGAGCGGACCUACCAGUCACAGUUGAAUGAUGAUGGUGUAGCGGUAUUUGAUUUUGAACAUAAUUCCGAGGAGAAACAUAUAUUCAAAUAUCGAGAUUCUUUAGCAAUGUUACCGAAUAUCUACAAUGCUGAUGAUGCUGUGGAUAAUAAUAAUAAUAAGGAGGAUUUUUGUAAAUUGACUUUACUUAGUGGCAGUCCUCAACUUGGCAAAAUGAUUGAAAUUAAAGUUUCCUCCUUAAAAAAUAUACCAUAUAUUGUAUAUACCGUAACUGGUCAUGGAAAUAUCAUACAAACGGAAUUCAUUAAAAUACCAUCCGAACAAAAAUCUUACAUAAUUCAAUUAAUGCCAACAAUAGAAAUGAUGCCUGCAGCCUAUUUGUAUGUUCAUUAUAUUUACGAAGGAAAUUAUCGAUAUGAGGAAAUGUUUUUGAAAUUCCCAAAUGAAUUUGAAAAUAAGGUUGAAAUUUCAGCGCCACAUGAAGUCCGACCUGGACAAAAUGUCACCAUUAACAUAAAGGCUCAACCGAAUUCAUAUGUAUGUCUAUUAGCUGUGGAUUUGGGUGUCUAUAAUUUAAAUAGAGAAUAUGAUCUGGAUAGAACACAAAUACUAAACGAAUUACGAGAUGAUUUGACAUAUAGUCCGUUAAAAACAAAGGAAUUAACCGCGCUGACAUUGGAAAUUCCCGAUACAAUAACCACCUGGCGUAUGACCGCAUUUAGCAUUCACAAUAAAUCGGGUUUCGGUAUUGUCGAUGAUGCCACCAAUAUUGUGACCAUUAAACCAUUCUUUGUAGACAUUAACCUUCCCUAUGCCGUUAAGAGAGGUGAAAUGAUUACCCUACCCAUAACAGUGUUCAAUUAUCACAACAAAAGUUUAAGUGUCGAAGUUCAAAUGUACAAUGAAGAGGAAGCUUUUCGUUUUAAGGCUGGCGAUAUGAAAAAACAAAUCGAACAUGUGAAACUGCCAGCAAAUGGCAUUGACAGCGUUGCAUUUACAAUAACACCUCAAAUGGUGGGAAAUAUAAAAUUGCAGAUACGUGCCACAACAUCCGAAGACCUCUCAGAUGCUGUUCUCCACUACCUGAAAGUUGAACCUGAAGGUACUGAAAAUAGUGAUAACCAAGUUUUGGUACUUCGAAUAUCAGCAGCGCAAAAUGAACUAUUCUCAAAUUUAAGUCUCAAUGUGCCACCGAAUAUUGUAGUAGAUUCUGAAUAUAUUACCCUGUCAAUGGGUGGUGAUGCUCUCGCCGCCACAAUGGAAAAUCUUAAUGGCUUGGUAAUGAAACCAACCGGCUGUGGAGAACAAAAUAUGGUUAAUUUUGCACCAAACAUUUUGUUACUGCAAUACCUCAAGGCCAUUGGUAAAUUUGGUCAAGAGAAAAAUCUGAUUAAACAGGCUAAAGCAUUUGUGGAAAUCGGCUAUCAACAGGAAUUGUCAUUUCGUCACGCAUCCGGGGGUUAUAGCGUCUUCGGCGAACGUCGUGAUAAGGAUGCAGCCAGUACAUGGUUAACCGCCUAUGUUAUACGUUUCUUUCUUAAAGCCGCCACAUUUGUUUCAAUUGAGGAAAAAAUUAUCACCAGCGGUUUGGAUUAUUUAGCCAGCAAUCAGAAAGCGGAUGGAGAUUUUGCUUACACGGGAUAUCUAUUCUAUCCGGCACAACAAAAUCGUUUUGGUUUCACGGCAUUUGUUCUGAUGACUUUCAUGGAGAACAAGAAAUAUUCCAAAAAAUAUACAGCCACCAUUAAUAAGGGCCUUCAGUUUUUGAGUAACAAUUUGGAAAGAGAUCAUGAUGUCUAUGCCCUGUCAAUUAUCGCUGCGGCAUUUGGAAUGGCUAAACAUGUAGAUUCCCCAAAAGAUCGUGAUAAACUAUUAGCAAAGGUCAAUGAUAAGGAUAAACAACGUUGGUGGUCGGCUAAUGAUAAAAAUGGUGAAAAGGAUGUUGAAAUUACUGCAUACGCCCUCCUGGCUCUUUUGGACAUAUCUCCGCAUGAAUAUCAUUCUGCAAUUUUUCAAUGGCUAAUGCAACAACGAAAUAGUAAAGGUGGUUUCCAAUCAACACAUGAUACGGUUAUGGGUCUACAGGCCAUUGUAAAAUAUUCACAAUUGAAUGCGGCCAAUGGAAAUAACCAACAAAUGGCAUUACGCUAUGCAGCCUUGGAUGGUAAGGGAAACGAAGUAAAAGCUGAUGAUUUUGCCAUAAAUGGUGAUAAUAAUCUCAUACUGCACACGCAUAAGUUACCCCGUUCUACACGUUCUGUUAAUUUCAAAGCUACCGGCAGUGGUCAAACCAUGUUGCAGCUCUCCUCGCUUUACUACAUGGCUGAACAAAUGCCAAUGCAACAUUUCCGCAUUCAAGCGAAAGCCCAAUUUAUGAAUUUACAAGAACUUAAUGUUGAGAUUUGUUUUACUUAUUUGGAAACGAUUUCAUCCGCCAAUUCAAAAUCGGAUGAUAAAACGUCAUUUUCGAAUAUGGUUAUUAUGAAAUUAAAUUUACCAUCUGGUUAUCGCACCGAUGCUGAAUUUAGUCAAUCGCUUUUAGAAAACGAACUAAUUCAACGCAUUGAAUCAAUGAAUUCCGAAUCAAGUUUAAAUAUAUAUUUUGAUAAUUUAGAAGCUGGCGAUGAGAAUUGUAUUAUAAUUUUAGCUGAUAAGACGCAUGAUGUCAUGAAUCGCAAACCGGUUGCCAUAGAAAUCUAUUAUUCCGUUGUGGCUCCUGGUACAAUUAAAUCAAAUCGAAAUUAUACCGUUUGUUUAACCCUACACAAUGCUCCAGCAUCUUCUACAGUACGUAUUACUCUCAUGGGACAGCCCCAAUUCACUUUUGUCGAAAAUAUCGAAAUACAACCAUUCGAAACAAAAUCGAUUAAUUUUCUGCCACCAAAAUUGGAUACAAGUUUGGAGUACAGACUCGAAGUUGAGGCUAUUAAAGGUUUAAGUUUUUACAAUGCAUCUAUACUAAAAAGUGAUGAGAUGGAUAACCUGAAAAUUUACACCCAAACUGAUAAGAGCAUCUAUAAACCCGGCGAUGUUGUGCAAUUCAGAGUAGUGGUGUUGGAUGAACAUUUGAGACCUUUUAAAUCGGUAGAGCCGAUACAAAUUGAGGUUGUG